UCGACUCUAAAGAAUGAUUCUUAGCUUUAGCAGCAACCAAAACAAAUGGCAUUUGACUUCCGCACCGCUGUUUACCGUUUCAAACACCAUGACUCCCGGUGUCGGACUAGUCUCGGUUCUGCUCCUUAUCAUACCAGCCACCACGUACGCCACAACUCCCACUUUUUCUGUGGAUUACCAUCGAAACUGCUUUCUUAAAGAUGGAGAGCCAUUCCGCUACAUAUCUGGCAGUAUCCACUACAGCCGGAUCCCUAGAGUCUAUUGGAAAGACCGGCUACUCAAGAUGUACAUGGCUGGAUUGAACGCCAUCCAGACAUAUGUGCCGUGGAACUUCCACGAAGCAGUUCCUGGUCAGUACGACUUCAGUGGAGAUCGAGAUCUGGAGCAAUUCCUCCAGCUCUGCCAAGACAUCGGCCUGCUGGUCAUCAUGAGACCAGGACCCUACAUAUGUGCCGAGUGGGAUAUGGGUGGUUUGCCUGCCUGGCUGCUGAAAAAAAAGGAUAUUGUGCUUCGAUCAUCUGAUCCAGAUUACCUUGCAGCAGUGGACAAGUGGAUGGGGAAGCUGUUGCCAAUCAUAAAGCGUUACCUGUACCAGAAUGGAGGCCCAAUCAUUACCGUGCAGGUAGAGAAUGAGUACGGCAGCUACUUCGCCUGUGAUUUUAACUACAUGCGUCAUCUGAGCCAGUUGUUCCGGUUUUAUCUCGGGGAAGAGGCUGUGCUGUUCACUACUGAUGGGGCAGGUCUGGGUUACUUGAAAUGUGGAUCCCUCCAGGGCCUCUACGCCACUGUUGACUUCGGCCCAGGUGCAAAUGUAACCGCUGCGUUUGAAGCACAGAGGCAUGUUGAGCCACGUGGGCCUUUGGUGAACUCUGAGUUUUACCCCGGCUGGUUGGAUCAUUGGGGCGAAAAACACUCGGUGGUUCCUACAUCUGCUGUAGUCAAGACUCUCAAUGAAAUUCUGGAAAUUGGAGCCAAUGUCAACCUGUAUAUGUUCAUCGGUGGAACUAACUUUGGCUAUUGGAAUGGUGCCAACACUCCUUAUGGUCCUCAACCCACCAGCUAUGACUAUGACUCUCCUCUUACAGAGGCUGGAGAUCUCACUGAGAAAUAUUUCGCCAUAAGGGAAGUCAUCAAAAUGUAUAAAGAUGUACCAGAAGGAAUUCUGCCUCCAUCAACACCUAAAUUUGCAUAUGGAAAAGUGCAAAUGAAGAAACUAAAGACUGUGUCAGAGACGUUGGAUGUGUUGUCUUUCUCCGGCCCUGUAAAAACACUUUACCCUCCAACAUUUAUUGAAAUGAAUCAGGCGUUUGGGUUCGUGCUUUAUCAAACUGUGCUACCAGUUAACUGCGUGAAGCCCACGCCGCUGUCGUCCCCUCUGAAUGGAGUCCACGAUCGGGCAUAUAUUUCCAUUGAUGGCACUGCUGCUGGUAUUUUGGAGAGGAACAAGGCACUCAGCAUCAAUAUAACAGGGAAAGCUGGCAGCCGUGUGGACGUCCUGGUGGAGAACAUGGGCAGAAUCAACUACGGCAAAGGAAUUAAUGACUUCAAGGGUCUGGUGUUUAAUCUGACACUCGGUGCUGAUGUUCUGGUUAACUGGACUGUGUAUUCCCUGAGUGUCGAUGAAGCAGUCAGCAAGGGUUUGCUUUUAGCUUCAGGCUCCUCCUCCACCAGCUCCACCAGCACACCUCCGCCUGCUCUUUCACCUCCAACCUUCUACACAGGCAGCUUCAUCAUUCCUGACGGUAUCCCUGAUCUCCCUCAGGACACCUAUAUCCAGUUCCCCGACUGGAGGAAGGGUCAAGUGUGGAUAAAUGGAUUUAACGUUGGCCGCUACUGGCCGUCCCGUGGGCCACAGAUCACUCUCUUUGUCCCGGCGCACCUGCUCAGCACCUCCGUCCAAAACAACAUAACCGUCCUGGAGCUUGAGGCGUCUCCUUGCUCCUCAGGUUCCUGCAUGGUGGAGUUCACUGAUACUCCUAUUUUAAACGGCACCGUGAACGGCCAAUACAAGAGACAACUAUUCAACAAACAAGACCUCUUUUGAGUUUACAGCCGCUUCCAGUUGCAGAAAUUGUUUAUAUUGUGCAACAAAUUUUGUUCGUUUGAAGGAAUCUGAGGGAUGACGUUGGAGAUCAUCAGCACUAUAUGGAUUAAAUUACAGCUGGAUUGUGUGAUCACUGUGAAAUAUAAUAUCUUGCAAAUGAUCAGGGGCUGAUCAAGGCUGCUCAGGCACUGUAUUAUUGAAAAAUGUGCAGUAGAAGAUGUAUAUUGCUACUCAUUAUGAUGUUAAAGGGAUAGUUCACCCAAAAAUUAAACCAUUUUCUCACAUCUCA